UACGAUUCGAAGCCCAUACUCUUCAGUCUACUGAUGAAUCUUUAGGGCUCGACAACGAUGUUCUCCUUCACACCUUCGAAACUUAAAUGGUUACUUUUGUGCUUUCUCGCCGUAAUCGUUACACUUAGUUUGCUGAGUCGAAAUGCAAAUGUUAAAAACCGCGAAUAUAAAUCUAAUGAAGUUCAUAGACAAAACUAUAAAAAUCAAUUGCGAGCGGAGUCCGAUUAUGAGGAUAGUGAUAUUGGCAUCUUUGUUGAAGGAACUUCAACGUUCUUGGAAAAUAGCGAAAGCGAUGUUGUUUCGGUGCCCUUGCAGAAAUACUUUGUGGAGACCGCCAAGUGCAAGAUUCCUUACAUAGAUCCCUUCGAGCCGGCGGCCAUGGCCGUUUUUCGUCCAGAAAAAUUCGAGGUCUGCUCCAACGAUACUGCUCUGGUGACCCCAGUCUAUGAUGUCAUACGCAAACGGUAUGUUCUGCGUAUCGAUGAGAACCUUGCUACCCGGCUACUGAAUUCCAGUGAAACUGAGUACAACUGUCAUUACCAAGAGAUAAUACGCGAUAAGAACCACGACAGUUUUGACAGAAAAGAUCGAAAAUAUUUUUCACAGAAUUUCGAGGUGCCAUUACACGUGCAAGGCCUUAUAGUGGAAUGCCAUCGACUUGGGAACGACUCCGAUAUUCUUCAGAGUGAUGCAUAUAUCCUGAUACAGCAUAAAUCGCCUCCGCUUGGUGUAUCCUUGGAGCCGGCAAAGAGGAAGCCGAGUGUCCUUAUGUUCGGCAUAGACAGCCUAUCGCGUAUCAAUCUGCGACGCACCAUGCCGAAAGUCUACAGUUUCCUUACGGGUAGUGGAUGGUACGAAAUGCAGGGUUACAAUAAGAUAGGAGACAAUACGUUCCCGAAUCUUAUGGCCAUAUUGACUGGCUACGAUCCUGAUUCGGCGUUGAUGAAUGUUUGCGAUUGGCAUGACAAAGGCUGUUUGGAUGAAACUCCUUUUGUAUGGAAGUACUUUAAGAACGCAAGCUACUUGACUGCCUAUGCUGAGGAUGAGACUAAUAUUGGAACUUUCAAUUACUUUAAGCCCGGCUUCGUGGAUCAGCCCACUGACUAUUACGGACGACCCAACUACAAGUCCUUUGAGUCGGGCCUAAAAACUUGGAAGUGCGACGGCUGCUCCAUGAAAUACUGCAUUGGUCGCCGCAUAACCAGCAGUUAUGUGUACGACAUGGCCAAGGAAUUCGCCCGGCGAUAUGUUGCCAAGCAACCAAUUUGGGGGUUGUUUUGGUCCAACAGCUUCAGCCACGACAGCUUCCAGAUGCCCUCAAAAAUGGAGGACUAUGUGCUGCAGUAUUUACUGGACUUUGAGGACGAUGGAGUUUUCGAGCAUAGCAUUAUGAUAUUCAUGUCGGAUCACGGAUCACGGUUUGGUAAAAUUAUGUCCUUACCCAGCGGAUUCCUGGAGGAGCGUCUCCCAACGAUGUUUAUUUACCUUCCGCCUUGGUUUCGGUCUCAAUAUCCGGAGUACGCUAACGCCCUUGAGGUGAACGUGAACCGAUUGUCUUCAAACUAUGAUCUGCACAAUACUUUGAAACAUAUUAUCGAGCUGGGAAGUCCUGACGAGCCCCAACUACCUCAGGCGCACGAUUGCCCCAAAUGCCAAUCUUUGUUCAAACCAUUACCUGAACUGCGCGUUUGUGAGGAUGCCGGAAUCCCAGAGCAUUAUUGCACCUGUGUUCCCUACCAGAGGAUUAAGAGCGGCUGGGCGGAUCGGAUUGCGCCCCUGGUGAUUAAAAAGAUCAAUGAGUACUUGGAUAACAGGAACAUCAGUGACAUUUGCUCAACACUCACACUUAGUUAUAUUCACAAAACCGAGAUUAAAGUCGAUCUGGACGAUAACUUUCAUGACCUCAAUCGCAUACGGGAUGUGGCCUUUUAUCGGACGAAGUUUAAGGUCAAACAGAACUCUGCGGACUUCGAGACCACUCUCGUAUUCAAUAAUAAAACGGAAACCGUUGAGGUCGAUGUACCAAAAAUUAGUCGCACCGACUCAUAUGAAAAAGUGUCGACCUGUGUCGAAGAUAAGACAGAUAAGAUGUAUUGCAUUUGCAAAAGUGCUAUAACAGACCAAUGAAUUUAAUUAAUAACUUAGAACAUUUAAAAGGUCCAAGUGCACAGUGUGUAAAUUAGAAAUAUUAGGAAGAAAUAGAAUUGAAUUUCAUUAGUUUUUAUAACACUAGGUAUCAUCAAUUAAUUUUAAUUGAAACUAGGAUG